AGUGUGCAGUCUGUGGUUCUUCAUGACACGCGCGUCUGCAUCUACACCGGACGCACGAGGACUAUAUAACUCAGAAAACGACACUUCAACCGACACGGACAAGCGUACAUUGCUGUGUUAAUAACAGAGGGUGAUGCCAACAUCUGAAGAUCCUCUGUGUCACCGUCACCACAACCCGAAACCCGAUCCGACCGGGUCUGCCUUCAUCCGACUGCUGUGUUUGGAGCGGACGAUGUGAAGACAUUCGCGUUCAACCGAGCGAUGCGUUUCUCGCGUCCGUGCCAGCUGACGGGGACGCGUUCGAACCUAUGACAUCAGUUAUAUUGGGAAAUAAUUUUCAAUAGAUUUUGAGAAUACGACUGAAGUGAACACACCGACAUCUGCAACUACAGAUUUAUUCCAUUGAAGAACACGAGGACUUCAGACGGACGAAUAAUCGCGCUUAUUUCGCGAAUAUUUUAACUAUAUGGACUUUUGCGCGUCUUGCAAAAACUCUACUUUUGAACACACCGUUUUGUGUUUUAUGCUCUCACAAAGUAAAAAAAAUUCAAUUAAAUUUCACCUGGGAGAAUCUACAUCUCUAUUACGUGCAGGUCAAAUCAGGUACAAACAUCUGGAGUAACAACAGACUGUUAACUUUGUUUUACUUUAUUUCACAGUUGGAACUUCCUAGAAAGCUGUGUUUGGUGGGAUUUUUGAACCCUCUACAUCUGCGUUUAAUUCAUAAAAACAUCUUUAAACCACACAUACAAUGGAUCUCAAAACCGAAUCAGAUGAUAACCUGGACUGUGAGCGUCCAGCAUCCAUCGAGGCUUUUUCGAGCCGCUCCACGCUUCAUGGCAUCUCACACAUGUUCAGUUAUGAACGGCACUGUAUUAAACGAUGCAUUUGGAUCAUGUUUUUCAUGGGCUCGCUCUCGUUCCUGCUGAUCGUGUGCGUGGACCGCAUCAAAUAUUACUUCCAGUAUCCCCACGUCACAAAGCUGGACGAAGUCACAGCACAUGUGAUGAUAUUUCCCGCCGUGACCUUCUGCAACCUGAACUCUUUUCGCUUCAGCCGCGUCAUGCGCAACGACCUGUAUCACGCGGGCGAGCUGCUCGCGCUGCUGAACGGCAGGUAUGAGAUCAGGGACACACACCUGGUGGAGGAGAGCGUUCUCAUGGCCCUAAAGGAUAAAGCAGACUUCUCCAGCUUCAAGCCCCGCCCAUUUAACAUGCGCGAGUUCUACGACCGGACGGGUCACGACAUUAAAGACAUGCUCCUGUCCUGUUACUACAGAGGAGUCGAAUGCAGCGCUGAGGACUUCAGUGUGAUCUUCACUCGAUAUGGAAAGUGUUACACCUUUAACUCGGGUCAAGACGGCCGUCCGCUGAUGGUGACUAUGAAGGGUGGGAUGGGAAACGGCCUGGAACUGAUGCUGGACAUCCAACAGGACGAGUAUCUGCCCGUGUGGGGCGAAACCGAUGAGACGUCGUUCGAGGCCGGGAUUAAAGUCCAGAUUCACACGCAGGACGAGCCGCCCUUCAUUGAUCAGCUGGGAUUCGGAGUGGCUCCAGGUUUCCAGACGUUUGUCUCCUGUCAGGAACAGAGGUUGACAUUCCUUCCUCCGCCGUGGGGCGACUGUAAAUCAUCAGCCAUGGACUCAGAUUUCUUCAGCUCAUACAGCAUCACUGCCUGCCGCAUUGACUGUGAGACUCGCUAUCUGGUGGAGAACUGCAACUGUCGCAUGGUGCACAUGCCCGGCGACGCUCCAUACUGCACACCAGAACAGUAUAAAGAGUGUGCAGAUCCAGCUUUAGAUUUUCUGGUGGAGAAAGACAACAAUUAUUGCGUAUGUGAGACGCCCUGUAACACGACACGUUAUGGUAAAGAGCUGUCAUUCGUCAAGAUCCCCAGCAAAGCCUCUGCCAAAUAUCUGGCCAAGAAGUACAACAAAACUGAGCAGUACAUCGCAGACAACAUCCUGGUCCUGGACAUCUUCUUCGAGGCCCUGAACUACGAGACGAUCGAACAGAAGAAAGCCUACGAGUUAGCGGGACUUCUCGGUGACAUCGGUGGACAGAUGGGUUUGUUUAUUGGUGCCAGUAUCUUGACCAUACUGGAGCUCUUUGACUAUCUUUAUGAGGUGAUCAAGUAUAAAGUGUGUCGCUGUGCCAAGAAGAAAAAGCAGAGGAGCAACAACAACGAGAGAGGAGCCGUUCUCAGCCUGGAUGAUGUAAAGCGUCACACUCCAUGCGACAACCUUCAUACCCCAUCGACCUACCCGGCCAACAUGCUACCUCACCAUCCUGGUCAGGGCAACUUUGAAGACUUCACCUGUUGAGAAACGCAAGAGCAGAUGUCUGAUGGAGAACAACCAAAGCUGACCACAUGAGAGCAUCAUAGACCACGUCACAGACAUAACAAAACAUCUUCUACACAAGACGCUAGAAGAAAAACAAAACUAUAUUUUCACAAGUACAUUUCAUGCAAAUGUGCGAAACUUGUUUUUUGAAAAUACUGCCUCAAAAACGAAACUCCUUGAAGCCUCGUAACCUCGAACAUUUCUGCGAAGGCUCCGCGGUGAUUUACUCGGACAUCGAAACUGGACCCUGAUGCCUUUGUGUACAUAGUGACUGUUUAAACUGUCUUCAGAUCAGUGGCUUAUGUAGAUCAGUAGAUGAAUAUAGCGCUUAUUCACUGUAUGUAGCUUCAUUAUAGUCUCAUCUCUGGCUCCUGAUGGACUCAGACUCAUUGUAUCUCAUAUGAAUGUAACUUCCAGAACAAGAUGAUCAUUACAUGCGUUUGGGGGGGGGGGUUUGGAAAGUUUAGGUGCUGUAUGACAUUGACGUGAGCUUGAGCCAUGUUGGAUUCAUCUUCUUUAUGCAUGCUGGUCAUCACUUUAUUAUUAUUAUUAUUAUUACUAUUAUUAUUGCUGGUUUGCCUUAAUUAUAUACAGGUUUUGGAUGACUGUAUAAUCCAGGUGUGUGUUUGUGUGAAGAUUCAUUAUGGUGUGUGUGUGUUCUGGAAAAGUCUUUCUAGCAAAUCCCUGUUUGGAUGUAAAUGCAUCAGUCCAGUCAGUCAUAUAAAGGCAGUAGUAGAGUCAAUUUUUACGUGUACGCGAGGGUAUUUUCAUCACCAGAAUGCAUGAAUAAACUCUUUUGCAAGGCUAUGCAUUCAACAUCUGUUCGCGUACACGUAUAAAAACAAACUUUACUCUGGGCUUAAAGGAGACAUAUCAUGCUAAAUCCACUUUCUUGGCUCUUAAAUGCAUUUUGUUGUAUAUUUGUAGUGUUUAUAAGUACAUAAAAGUUGAAAUUAGUCUCUUCAGGUGCUUUGUUGAUAUCUUUAUAUUCUGUUUUGGUCAUAUUUUCCAACCGGUUCUGAUUUUUCUAUUAUCUAUUACGUUUUUUGAACAAUUACGUCACAGUAUUUGCAGCGGAACUGCUAAAUAAGGACAUUGACUUCCAGCCCAACACUACGAGCAAUCCGCCAUUUUAUAUUUCUCGCUGCGAUAUUGUAGUCCAAGCUCAAGGAUGCAGAAGUUACGAGAGCGUAAGAAAUGUACUCACAUCUGUGGGUAAAGUCAUUUUUGUGUGCCCGAGGCACUUUAAGGAUAACUACUUCACCAAUCUCCGCCAGUAUAAAGAAGGAUUUGCCGAUAGACUUCGUCUGAUUGAGGGGUCAAUUACUUCUUUCUUUGGAGACGACGAGCAGAGCACUUCGGUAAGCAGUUUAUAACUUAAAGUAAAAAAGUAAAGUACACGGUGGUCAUGGUUUAGCAGUGCUGUUUCUCACUCCGAAGGCUGCAGCCUGCGGAGAUCGCUUUUGGGCAUCAAGCCUGGUUUAAGUUAACUGAGCAUCACAUUUGCAAGUCAUGAUCAUAUUACAACAACUUACGAUUAACUAAGAAUAAUAGUAAACUUUAUAAUUGUUAAUAUUCUGAAAUAAGACCGUCUUGAUGACGUAUGCAGCCUAGAUAUGCGACCUCCGGAGGCUGCAGCCUCACACCAUUGCGAUACCUCAAUAUGAAGACGUUGUUCUGCAGGUUCGUCGUCUUCAUUUUCCUCUCAGUCCGUUUCCGACUCUGGCGCGAACAUAUAAGGCUGGAUGGACAAGUCUUCCGUUGUUGACAUUUUGUGAAUAACGAGUAAAUAAAAAGUUUCUGUGCAGCUAGAUAAUCGUAUCUCUGCUAUAAAACUACAAAAAUGGCCGAACGGGGUGGAGUUUAACCGAGUGUCACCUCUGCAACCUGGAGAGGGGGCAGGGUAUGACGUGCAUUUAAAAAGACAGUACCAAAACGAGUUGCUCUCAGAUGCACAUCAGAAAAGGGGUAGAAAGGGGGCCUGUGGGGCUAUAAUAAUGAGGAAUUCAGACCCAAGCAUUGCAGUUUCGCUUUACAUAGACCACAAAUAGAUGAUUUAUAUGUAAAAAGGACAGAUUUAAAAGCAUGAUAUGUCUGCUUUAAACGGUUACUAACACUACAGUUGUGUGUUUGUGUGUGCGCAUGAGUGUAUCUGUAUCUCUUCAUGAAUGACUGUUCUGUCUUAUUUUGAAAUACGUUAGUGGAAAGUGAAGCGUUUCUUGUUUAUUUGAAUUGUGUUACUUCUGAGACGUAUUUGUUGGAUGUCUCAUCAAAGCACAAAGACCUGAUAUGUAAAGUUGUUAAAGAAUGAUAAAACAAUAUGAUCAGUGUUACUAUCAGACUCAUAAUACUGUUUUUUGUUGUUUUUACUACAAACAUACAUAUUGCCUGAUCGUUCGUCAGCAUCUCUGCAGAUAAUAGGCUGUUCUAUUUAUCUAUGAAGGUAUAAUAAAUAUCAUUCAUAAUUUUACAAA